GACAAAACCCGACAGAAACACAAGCAAAAAAAGGGGAAAAUAAAUCCCUUUGAACGAGAGGCGUAAAAAAGUCGGAUAAAGAAAAAAAAACAACCCCCACACGUUCAAGUGCCGUCAGUUACGCGCCAGCGCAGUUUGCGAGUGUCGAAGCUAAAACUCGUUUCGUUUCCGUCGAGGAGGCUGCCAGAGUCGGUUUUCACAGGGCUCCCCCUAGGAUACGUUCGGCACAGCUUCCUCCACCAGACACACCGAGAGUGUGCAGAUUUCCGUCAGCGAGCGAUAAAAUAAGAGAAAAACAAGAGUAACCUUCAUCCUUUCCGGUGAGCAGCUUAGCUAAACAACACCCCAACAACGCACACAAUGACACCACGCAAAAGUAGAGGAGGGACAUCGGCGGUGCGAGCCACGCUCCUGUUGGCCACCGUCCUUCUGUCCAUCGCCCUUCUACCCGUUUGCAUCUACAGCCUCGAGAACGGGCUCGCCCGGACACCUCCGAUGGGAUGGCUGUCGUGGGAGCGCUUCCGUUGCAACACGGACUGCGAAGGUGAUCCGGAAAAUUGCAUCAGUGAGCACCUUUUCCGUUCGAUGGCUGACCUGGUCGUGAGCGAAGGCUACGCCGCCGUCGGCUACGAGUACAUCAACGUCGACGAUUGCUGGCUGGAGAAGUCCCGUGGGCUGCGUGGUGAGCUGGUGGCCGAUCGGCGCCGUUUCCCGAGUGGCAUGAAGGCGCUGGCCAACUACGUGCAUGCGAAGGGUCUGAAAUUCGGUAUCUAUGAGGAUUACGGUAACUACACGUGCGCUGGAUACCCGGGCAUCCUGGGUUUCUCGGCCAACGAUGCGGCUCAGUUCGCCUCGUGGGACGUCGACUAUGUCAAGCUGGAUGGUUGCUACUCGCUGCCGAUCGAUAUGGACCAUGGUUAUCCGGAGUUUGGACGCCAUUUGAACUCCACCGGCCGACCGAUGAUCUACUCUUGCAGCUGGCCGGUGUACCAGAUCUAUGCGGGCAUGAACCCGAACUACUCAUCGAUCAUCCAACACUGCAACCUGUGGCGUAACUACGACGACAUCCAAGACUCGUGGGCCUCGCUGGAGAGCAUCAUCGAUUACUACGGCAACAAUCAGGAUGCGAUCAUCCCCAACGCCGGCCCAGGACACUGGAACGAUCCAGACAUGCUCAUUAUCGGCAACUUCGGCCUCAGUUACGAGCAGUCCAAGACGCAGAUGGCGCUCUGGGCGAUAAUGGCCGCUCCGCUCAUGAUGUCGGUCGAUCUGCGCACGAUCCGACCCGAGUUUAAGGCGAUCCUGCAGAACCGCAAGAUCAUCGCUGUGGAUCAGGACCCGCUCGGUAUUCAGGGACGGCGGAUUUACAAGCACAAAGGCAUCGAGAUCUGGUCCCGACCGAUUACCCCGAUCUACCAGACGUACUACUCGUACGCGAUCGCCUUCGUAAACCGGCGAACGGACGGUACACCGUCGGAUGUGGCCGUGACCCUCCGUGAGCUGGGUUUGAUUUCUCCCACGGGCUAUAGGGUUGAGGACCUGUACGAGGAGGUCGACUAUGGAGUGCUGAGCCCCCAGACCAAGAUAAAGGUGAAGGUGAACCCAUCCGGGGUGGUGAUUCUGCGGGCUGACGUCCAACCGGAGCGCUUCUCGAAGAGACCGUACAAUCCGAUCUUCUAUCGCUAUCCCAACUAAAGAACACCGUGCGCGUGCGAACAGGUGGGGGAUUCGAGAAUUCCAAACGAUCCGGUACGGUGCGGAACCAUUCCGGCGCAAUAGCCACAUCCAACACAAAUCCCUGCCCUUCUUAAACAGUCGGUGACAUUUCAGAGCACGAUUCGUCGGUGCAUUCGGAAUCAACUUUUGCUAGACACGUAAGAGAGCGCGAGGAAAGAGGACGUGAUGACGGAUAGAGGAAAGAGCGGCCACGGAGGAAAAGAAGGUGGAAUGAUUAUCAUGUGCCAGUUUUUGAUGGAAGAUAACAAAAAGAAAACACACUUAAUAGCAAGCCCAAGCAAAGUCCUUCAUAUUCACAUGUUUAAAACUUCGUCACACGAAGAAACACGCUCCUUGAGUCGAUCAAGGAAACGGCUCGGGAAGAUUUUAGCAAUAGAUCGCGAUCGAGAAUUCGCUGCGCUGCGGAAGCAGGAGAAAACCCCCUAAAAAAGGAUCUCCAUCCGUCGUUUCGAAACCAAAAUGGUGCUCCAAACACACAGACACACACAGACAAACAUCCCCAUAAACACACUCUCAAAAGCGUGGUUUUCCUUGCAAAUGGACACGUUCCGGUGCUCCUUUUUUAUCCCGCGAGGAGUUAGAGCACCAUCAGUGAUAUGAUUACGUAACGUUGCGAUUUUGUUUUUAUUCCUCCCACGCUUCCCGUUCGAUAGACGGCCGGGAAAACUCAGCCUCACCCCAAAGCGGGUGGCUUGGAGCCUAGCCCAUCGGCGGACGCCUUCCAUCAGAAUCCGUGGUGUAUGAUCUUGGUACGUGCAUAAGGUUAGCGUUGUACAUUGUAUAAUUUAUGAUACGAGACCAUCCCGAGGCAGUGAGCGCGUGUGA